CUUUCCAGACCACUCACUCCACUUGGCCGAAGACGAGGAGCCACUCCUGCGGCCUUGGCCCAAAGCCGUUCGCAAGGGAAAAGACCUUGAACGACUGUUCAAAGCGCCUGGCCGCCAGUCACACUGCGUAUCUCUCGCCAUGUGCCGCUGUGGAAAGACCUGCUCUAGGGUGUCCGUGGGCCUGGGCCUGCUCCUGACCAUCGCAGGCAUCGCCCUGUUGUUGGUGGGCGCCAUGUCGUUGACCAGCAUCAGCCUCAAUGUCAGCGCCGGCAUCGAUGGCACCACCUCGGGCAUGUUGGCGGCGCCCACGGACCUGAACUGCCCCUACAUCAUUCUGAUCGAGUGUGAGACGUGGAUGUGCAAGAAUCAGCAAGAGGAGAACCUCCGCCUGCAGCGAUUUCCAAGCUUCUGCCACGACCACUGCAGGCACCCUGGACACGGCCGUCUGCGGCAGCGAGGAGCUGCCGGAAGACGCACCCUGCAG